AUGUGGCUGCAGCUGCUGCGACCCAAGGGGCGAUCGCUGAGCAGCGAGGUUGAGGCUGUGGUGAUGGCAACCUACGAUGAUGGUGCGGCUGGGGCAGCGCCGCCAAGGGCUCACUGCUGCGGUGGCUGCGACGGCAUGGAUGGAAGCUGCGACCCAAGGGAAGGCAGCGAUGGUGGCGCGGUCGGGGCAGCGUCGCCGACGGUAGAAGCGACGAGGGGUUGGUCCGCUAGCCGGGAAACAGCAGCCGCGGCCCUUCUCGCUCGAGCAGGGUGGAGCAGCAAGGAGGGAAGGCUGCUGGCCGGGGAGCAGUGGCGACGGUGGUCGCUGGCCGGAAUGCAGCGGCUGCGGUGGGGCUGGCCAAAAGCAGGGGAGGCAGGGGCCCUUUCGACCAGAUGGGCUUCAAUGGGGAGAGGAUGUGGUUGUGGCGGGUACGGCGCAACGAGGAGGGGAGGUUGCUGGCUGGGGAGCGGCGGCGGCGGUGGUCAAGCGGCCGAGAAGCAGCGGCAACGAGCAAGGAGGAUCGGCGGCUGGGAGGCGUGUGGCGGUCGUUGCACGGUGGCUGGCAGUGCUGGUGGCUCGGCAACGAAGGAGAGGGGUGGCGUUGAAGUGGCCGAGAAGCAGCGGCGACGGUAG